CCUAGUAGAGGCAGAGACAGGCAGCACCAGAUCUAGAAGCACACGCAUUCUGUGGCUUGGAGGGUCUCCUCCUCCUUCUCUGGGGUCCCUUGGGAUACAAUCUACACCCUCUGUGGACUAUUUACUAGGAGGCUCACUUUUGGCUUUGUGUAUUUUGGACUGGAUCCUGUUCCUUGAGAUCCAAUGACUGAGUUUGAAAUCCGAAACAUGGAUCAGGUGGCUCCAGUUUACAACAUGCACCGAGGAAUCCUGAAGCGUCAGCUGGCAUUUGACAGCGUAAAUCUGUCGACGUCAAUCGCUGGAUUGUACUCUGCCUAUGAUGCCUAUGAAGAAGAGCAGGCGGUGCCUACAGGGUUGGACUCGUUAUCUCAUGAUUCUGGCAGCUGUGAAUUGCCUCUCCUGACCCCGUGCAGCAAAGCAGUGAUGAGUCAGGCGUUGAAGGCCACAUUUAAUGGAUUCAGAAAGGAACAGCGCCGCUUUGGUAUUCCCAACAAUCCAUGUUUGUGGGGUCAGACUCAAGUGUGCCAGUGGCUUGCAUGGGCCGUCGCUGAAUUUUCCUUGGAGAACGUAAACUUUCAGAAAUUUAUUAUGAAUGGUCAAGAAUUGUGCAACUUGGGAAAAGAAAGAUUUCUAGAGCUGGCACCGGACUUCGUGGGUGACAUUCUGUGGGAGCAUCUGGAACAAAUGAUGAAAGAACAUGAAAAGGUUCAGGAUCAAUAUAUCGACAGCUCCAGUCAUCACACCGGCCACCAGUGGAUAAGCAAUGACUCAUUAAGCUUCAAUAUGGAGCCUCUGCAUUGUGUAUCUCAAGUGCAGACUUACCCUAAAACAGAAAUGUACAGUGACCUGUGUCCAGUUACCCAAGUCACAAAUCUCCUACCAGUAAAGCAGGAGUUCCAGAGUUAUUCCUGCAUGAAAUCCAUGGGAAAUAAUUAUUCCUCUCUGAACCAGAACUAUGGUCAAAGCAACAUGAAUGUUUUAUUAAGCUCUCUUAGUUCUGGUAAAUCCAUGGACAGGGACUCUGUAGACAGUGGCACAGAAAGCUUUGAAAGCUCAGAUUCCCUACUACAGUCAUGGACGAGCCAGUCCUCACUGGUUGACAUGCAACGUGUUCCAUCCUAUGAAAGCUUUGAGGACGAUGCCAGCCAGUCACUAUGUUUAAACAAGCCGUCAAUGUCUUUCAAAGACUAUAUUCAAGACCGAAAUGAUCCAGUGGAACAGGGCAAACCAGUUAUCCCAGCAGCUAUUCUUGCUGGGUUUACAGGGAGUGGACCAAUUCAGCUUUGGCAGUUCUUGUUAGAAUUGUUGACCGACAAGUCAUGUCAGCCCUUUAUCAGCUGGACCGGGGAUGGAUGGGAGUUCAAGCUCACUGACCCAGACGAGGUUGCUCGCCGAUGGGGAAAAAGGAAAAAUAAACCUAAAAUGAACUACGAGAAGCUGAGUAGAGGACUGAGAUACUAUUAUGAUAAGAACAUUAUUCACAAGACCUCAGGAAAACGUUAUGUGUACCGGUUUGUGUGUGACCUCCAUAAUUUGCUGGGGUACACGGCAGAGGAACUGCAUGCCAUGCUCGGCGUUCAGCCUGACACGGAUGAAUGAACCAACAACCAUAUCCAAAGCACACAACUGUACUGUGAAUAUAAUGGGGUGAGGGAGAAAACCCUGACUCUUUUCGGUCACUGAGGGACUGUGAAGGCCGAAAUUAUGGAGGAGUCUGAGAGGCAACGCGUUAUUGAGACCUUUCUAGGAAGUGGUUUGGUGUUGUACUUUCUUGACUCGGUGCAUCAGGUGACACUUAAGGGCCUGAAGAAUAUUGCACCAGAAAUACAUUUUAUUAGAUUUUUUUGUGUGUAAAAUAUUCCAUGUUUCAACACUGAGGGGAAAGGGAGAAAAAAGGACUCGAAUCUUCAAACAGACGGAGAAAAUGGCGGCACAUCAGAAUCUUAUUUUUGUCAUUUGUGCUGAAAACAGUGUCUCAGAGACUGCACUUUAACGUCACGCUGCCUGAGUCCACAAGUUUUAUGUUACCUUGUAGUUUUUUUAUUUUUUAUUUUUCUCAGACCAUUUCAAGUGCAUGUAAAUAAUUUGAUCAAGAUUUUUCAUAUUUGCAUAAUUAUUUGUUCCAGAAGGGAUGUAUAUAUUAUUUGAAAUUCAGAUGCUUUACUUUUUUUUUUUAAUGGCACAGAACUCCCCCACCCCCACUUUGUUUUUUUUUCUCUUCCUCUUAUGCUAAGCUUCAUGAAACUGCACGUGUUUAUGAUUUUUGUCAUUCCAAUGCUAACCUGAAAGAGGGAUGGCCAUCAACUAGUUUUCAGAUGCCACUGGUUUCUCAGGAAGUUUUUCAGCUUGCAAAAUGGCUGUACAUACAGUUUCUAGAUGACUUUCUCUAUUUGUAACAUUCACCUUGGGUGCAUGGAAGUCAGUCACUUCAUUCCUAUAUCCCCUAGUUUUUGUCUAACCUUGAGCACUCCAUCUCUUUUCGAAGGAGAUCCAGUAUUUUGAGCAGAGUAAUUUAUUAAUAUAUAUAUAUAUAUAUAUAUAUAUAUAUAUAUAUAUAUAUAUAUAUAUCCACUUUUUUUCUGACCUAGAGCUGGACCCCUGCCUACUGAGAAAUGUUAAAAAUUCUGGAUCUUGAUGGCCACCAUUACGGAGAGCUUAGUUGUUUACUGCAUUCUGUCUGUUUAUUGAGUUCAAUGGUGAAAAAAAAAAAAAAAAAUGCUGAAAGCUCCCUCUACUGGUGUCUACAGGCAGCCACAAUUUCAAUUCUAAGCUCUGUACCUGAAUAAUGGCAUUCAAAAUCUGCAAUUAAGAUAUAGAAUAUCUAAAAAAUUAUCGGCAUAAAAUAUUUGUCCAUCUCGGGUUCAACCACAAAGCCAACAUACAUUACUUGACUAAUGGUGCUUAACAUUUGCUGCCACUUUGCUCCUGGUCUCUUCUAAUUCUGGCCUCCAAAAAUCAAUGUAUGGUGUUGAAUAAUUGAGUAAAUAUAGGUAGACCUGGUCGGUACAUACGUCCAGGUCACGUGGCCAGUUCUUUGUCUCCAACCUGUGUGUGAAUGUUACAAAGUUGUAAUUGAUAAAAGGACCUUGAUUUUAUUCUAGUGAUUUCCCCAUUCCGUAUACUGUAUAUAUUGCUUUUGUUCAGUUUUGUUAUUUUGAUGCAAUCAGAUUUAUGUUAUUAUAAUUUUUAUUUUUUUUAUUAAUUUGAAUUCCCUGUUCAUGUUCCUGCCUCCUCAUAGAUGUGGAGGAGUUUGUGUAGCAGCUAUUUUUACUGCAAAAUAUUAUACUGGAUGUUUAUGUAUUUAAUUUUUUUUGUUUUACUUUUGUUUUUAAGAAAUAUGUAUUUUAUAUCUGAAGUGCCUUGUAAACUAAAACGUAAAUAUAUAUAUAUAUUUCUGUAUGAAGUAGCACGAGCUGGUAGCAAAUGCAAAUUGAUGGAAUUCUGAUUAAACAGUUUUUGGAAAA